CCACGCCAAGUUUUCAGUAAAGCUUGGAAGCUGGGAUUUAUUAAAAAAAAAAUCCUCACUUUCUCUGCAAAAACCUCGGAAGAACGAAGACCCCAUUUCACAAUGGCCAAUUCCUCCGGCAAAGGACCCAUCACCCACGUCAUCUUCGACAUGGACGGUCUCCUGCUCGAUACUGAGAAGUACUAUACUGAAGUCCAGGAAAUUAUACUUGCUAGGUAUAAUAAGCCAUUUGAUUGGUCCCUGAAGGCAAAAAUGAUGGGAAUGAAAGCAAUAGAAGCUGCUCGGGUCUUUGUCGAAGAGACUGGGAUCAGUGAUUCUCUUACUGCUGAGGGCUUUCUUGUAGAAAGAGAGGCCAUGCUGCAGAAUUUGUUUCCCAAUAGUGAGCUUAUGCCAGGGGCUAGCCGCCUGAUCAAACAUCUUCAUGCAAAAGGAAUACCAAUUUGCUUGGCAACAGGUUCUCACAGGCGGCAUUUUGAAUUGAAAACACAAAGACAUGGUGAACUCUUUUCGUUGAUGCAUCAUGUUGUUCUUGGAGAUGAUCCAGAAGUUAAACAAGGCAAGCCAUCACCAGAUAUAUUCCUUGCUGCUUCCAAGAGAUUUGAGGGUGGCCCUGUAGAUUCACAUAAAUUUCUUGUAUUUGAAGAUGCACCAUCUGGAGUUAAUGCUGCUAAGAAUGCUGGGAUGUCCGUGGUUAUGGUUCCAGAUCCAAGGCUGGAUAGCUCUUAUCGUGCCACUGCAGACCAAGUGUUGAGCUCACUGCUGGAUUUCAACCCAGAGGAUUGGGGUUUGCCUCCAUUUGAAGUUACUGCAAGCUAAACUUGCGUAUCCCUCCAAGUGGUGUUUUUUCCCCCCUUUUCUUGAGGGAGAAGAUUGAUGAAAAUUGCAAUUAUUGCCUAUUUUUAAAAACUUAAGGGACACCUCGAUUCAGAUUUUGUGAGGGUGUUAACUCAGAUUAUUCUUAAGAUAUUAUUGGAUGAGCAUUCCAUGCUA